ACUUGAAAAACUGGAAAGACAAGUAAUGCUGUAUCUCACGGAGUGAAUAACAAAGGGUUUACUGUGUGAAUCCAAGUUAUUCUACUUUUGGAGUCCACCAUGAGUUUGUCUAAGGAAGAAGAGGGAGCAUCGUUAUCUUCAAACAAUGGUCUGACUGAGGACUUGAACAAGAACAGACCUGAGAGGUCUGACCAGGGAAGACGUCCUUCCUCAAGCUGUGUGUCCAUAAAAAGUGACAAAUCCAUGGAUUAUCCUCUUCAGUUCAAAAAGUCUGUGUCUAUACAAAGUGACAAAUCUAUGGAUUACCCUCUUCAAUUCAAAAAUUCUGACCAGGGAAGAUGUUCAUCCCCAAACUGUGUUUCCACAAAAAGUGACAAAUCCAUGGAUUAUCCUCUUCAGUUUAAAAAUUGCUCUGACCAGGGAAGAUGUCCGUCCCCAAGCUGUGUGUCCAUAAAAAGUGACAAAUCUAUGGAUUAUCCUCUACAGUUCAAAAAAAGUUACCAGGAAACAUCAGAACAUUUCACCGAUCCUCAAACAAACCUGGAUUCAAUAUUUAAGGACCUGGAGGAGAACAUUGUUGCCUUUAUGAGGAAUGAGCUGAAGAACUUCAAAAGGCUUUUACAACAAGAUUACAAUGAAACCUUUCUGAGCCCAGAGGAGGCUGCUGAUGACAAGAGGAACAGCAAAGAUGCUUUUCUAAGCAUUGUUCUGAAGUUUCUAAGGAGGAUGAAGAACGGGGAGGUUGUCUGCUCUCUGCUGAACAGUUCGCUCAUGAGUCAGGGUGAAGUGAAGGAACAAGCCCACUUGUGCAGAAAUGACGGACUUCCUGUGGACCUUGACAGCCAGACAAAAACAAACAGAUUUCAGCAGAAACCAUCAAAAGACUUCAACACUCAUCAGAUAAAUCUCAGCGCAAUAUUUAAGAUGCUUGAAGAAGAUAUUUUGAACUUUGCAAAGAACGAGCUGAAGACUUUUCACAAGAUUUUAAGUCUAGUUUACCCAGAAUCCUUUGAGAGCCAAGAGGUAGAUGUGGUCACCUUUGAAGAUGAGAAUGAAAAGAGAAACCUUGAGAAAGAUUUUCUGAAAAUCACUCUGGAAUUUAUGAGGAACAUGAAGCAAGAAGACCUUGGUCACACCUUGCAACACAAGAGUGUUGUAACAAUUUGCCAGCACACACUAAAGACUAACCUGAAGAACAGCUUGGCUUACGUGUUUGAAGGAAUAAACAAGGCAGGAAAUCCAACACUUUUGAGUCAGAUCUACACCGAUCUUUACAUCACCGAAGGAAACCCCACAGAGGUCAACUGUAAACACGAAGUGAAGCUGAUUGAAAAAGCGCUUCUGAAAUCAGUUAAACCAGAAAUAACAAUUAGAUGUGAAGACAUCUUCAAAUCAACCACAGGAAGCAAUAAGCCAAUCAGAACAGUGAUGACAGAGGGAGUAGCUGGCAUUGGGAAAACAGUCUUGACAAAAAAGUUUACACUGGACUGGGCAGAAGGCAAAAUUUACCAGAAUUUCCAGUUCAUAUUUCCAUUGUCCUUCAGAGAACUAAAUAUGUUGAUGAGGAAAAAGUUCAGUUUGGUUGAACUUAUUCAUCUUUUCUUUCCUGAAAUAAAGGAAGUAGGGAUCUGCAGCUUUGAAGAGUUUAUAGUUUUGUUCAUCUUUGAUGGUCUGGAUGAGUGUCGACUUCCGUUGAACCUGAAAACCAAAGAGAUUCUAACUGAUGCUACAGAGCCCACAACAUUAGAAGUGAUGCUGACAAACCUUCUUGAGGGAAAGUUACUUCCUGCAGCUCACAUCUGGAUCACAACUCGACCUGCAGCAGCCCAUCAGAUUCCUCCUGAGUUUAUUGACCUGGUGACAGAAGUCAGAGGAUUCAAUGACCCCCAGAAGGAGGAGUACUUCAGAAAGAGAUUCACAGAGGAAGAAGAAAGCAGAAGGGUCAUUUCUCACAUUAAAGCAACAAGAAGCAUCUUCAUAAUGUGUCACAUCCCUGUCUUCUGCUGGAUCACUGCUACUGUUCUAGAGGAGGAAUUCAGAACCCAGCAGAAAAGAGACUUACCCAAAUCCCUGACAGAGAUGUACAUCUACUUCCUGUUUGUUCUGUCCAAAGUAAAAAAUCUCAAAUAUGAUGGAAGAACUGACAUAGAUCCCGUCUGGACUCAAGAGACCAAAGAAAUGAUUCAGGCGUUAGGGAGACUGGCCUUUCAGCAAUUAAUGAAAGGCAACCUGUUCUUCUAUGAAUCUGACCUGACAGAGUGUGGCAUCGAUGUCAGAGCAGCCUCAGUGUAUUCAGGAGUGUUCACAGAGAUCUUUCAGGAGGAGAAAGGCCUGUUCAACGAGAACGUGUUCUGCUUUGUCCACCUGAGCAUUCAGGAGUUCCUGGCUGCUCUCCAUGUCCAUCUGACAUUCACCAACACCGGAGUCAAUCUGCUGGCAGAAGAGCAAUCGACGUCUACCACCUUUGAGGAUUUUUAUCAGUGUGCAGUAGACAAAGCUUUACAGAGUCCAAAUGGUCAUCUGGACCUGCUCCUUCGGUUCCUUAUGGGUCUCUCUCUGGAAACCAAUCAGACUAUACAGGGCCUUAUUACAGAAAACAGAAAAAGAAGCAGUUCCAGUCAGAAAACUGUCCAGUACAUCGAGAAGAAAAUUGGUGAGACCUUAUGUAUUUUCAAGAAAAACAACUUAUUUCAGUGCCUGAAUGAGCUGAAAGACACUUCGCUAAUAGAAGAGAUCAAGGCAAUUCGAAGACCAGGGAGGUUGUCAUCAGACCAGCUGCCGCCUGCUAAGUGGGCAGCGUUGGUCAACAUUAUAUUGUCUUCAGAGGAAAAGCUGGAUGAGUUUUACCUGAAUAAUUACUUUGAGUCAGACAACGCUUUCCUGGGCCUUUUCAACGUGGCCAUAAACUCCACCAAGGCCGUGCUGAGUUGCUGUAAUCUGACAGAGAUGAGCUGCAGUAGGUUAGCCAUCAGUUUUCAGUCCCAUUGCCUCCUUCUGAAGGAACUGGACCUCAGCAACAAUGACCUGAAAGACUCAGGAGUGAAGCUGCUGUGUGAAGGCCUACGUAGUCCACACUGCACACUGGAAAGUCUCAGCCUGGCAGGCUGUCUCAUCACAAAGGAAGGUUGUGCAGAACUGAUUUCAUCUCUGAGCUCCAAUCCCUGCCACUUGAAAGAGUUGGAUCUGAGCUACAACCACCCAGAAGAAUCUGGAGUGAAGCAUCUUUCUGCAGGACUGGAGGACUCAAAGUGGGCACUGCAGACUCUCAGAAUUGAGCCAAGGGGAUCACAAUUCUUAAAGCCUGGACUGAGGAAGUAUGCCUGUGAACUCAUGCUGGACCCUAACACUGCUCAUAGGAACCUAAUACUGUCAGAAAACAACAGAAAAGUGACAAUGGAAGGAGAGAAGCAGCCGUUUCCUGAUCUUCCAGAGAGGUUUGAUGUCUUGGAACAGCUGCUGUGUACCGAUGGUCUCACUGGUCGCUGUUACUGGGAGGUUGAGUGGAGAGGAAGCGUUCACAUCGCAGCAGCUUACAAACAAAUGAAAAGGAAAGGCGAAAGUGAUGACUGCACUUUAGGAAAGAAUGAAGAGUCCUGGAGCCUGCUGUGCUCUGAUGAUGGUCACUCUGGCCUGCACAAAAACAAACUAAUGCCCAUCCAGGGAGCUCCUUCAAGCAGAGUGGGAGUUUACCUGGACUGGCCUGGAGGCAUUUUGACCUUCUUCGGAGUGUCAUCUGGCAAACUGAAACACCUUCAGACGUUCAACGCCAAAUUCACAGAGCCGGUGUACCCAGCUUUCAGGAUUACCUCUGAGACGCUGAAUUCCUCUCUGUUUUUAAGCUACAUGCAGUAAAAAUAACCAUAUAAGCCAUAUUCUCUGUUUUCCCCAGCUGUAUAAAAUGAUAGUAACAAAAAAAAAAUGAUUUUACGUUUUAUCUUGCUUUUUUAAACAUUUGGACUUUUAUACCCAAACUUUUUGUUGCGUCCACCUUUCUUUGUGUUAUUUGUUUUUUAUAUAUUAGAAAUAUUUACUUGAGUCAAUGGUGAAAAACUGCUUUAUUGUUUUAUUUGUUCUUAAUGCUCAUUAAUCAUAUUAUCUCUAAGUUUCUAGCCUUGUUAAAUACAGCACAGUAGCUAUAACAGAGAUGACUAACUUGAGAUUUAUAAUGAUGAGUUAAUUUUCAACUUGAAUAACUCAGGUGAUUAAAGAUGAUCCCAAGACUUACCUUGAAAUGUAAAGAUUUUUCAUUAAAGGAAGCACUUCCACCGAUCCAUGUAACAUCUUCUCUUAGAAAUUAUUCCACAAAGUUUGCAACUGUAUACAAUUUAGAUUAUUUUAUUUAUUGUUUAAUAUUUUUUGCUUUUAGUGGAAACUAGAAAUGUUCUACAUGCAUACUUUUAAACAAGUUUGCAACAAUCAGAUGUAUGUUCUUUGCAUAAUUAAAAUUUUUAAAUCAAAA